CAAACAAAGCCCAUCUCGUCCCAGCCCAAUACCAUCCCAACCACAUCUACCAGAACAAUGAAUCCAGAACCUGGGAAACAACCAAUACCAACAGACAUGGACCUAGAAACCAAAAACAACCUAAUAUCAACCGGUAAUGCCGACGCAGCCCUCGACUUCCUCCGUUCAGAAGAUUCAGCGGAAAUAUCAGAAGUCGAUGAGAAAGCACUCGUGCGCAAAAUCGAUUGGAUGAUCAUGCCGUUGAUGUGGGCGGCUUAUAAUCUGCAGUAUUUGGAUAAGGUGCUCAUCAACUAUGCGUCAGUCAUGGGCUUGCUCAGUGAUACCAAUAUGCAUACUGAUCAAUUCUCGAAUCUGACGCUUGCGUUCUAUGUGACGUACUUAUUUUUCGAGUUGCCUACUGGGUUUUUGAUGCAGCGGUUGCCGACUGCUAAGUAUUUGGGGUUGAACGUUGCAUUAUGGGGCCUCAUGACGACUUUGAACUGCACUGCGAAGAAUUUCCCUGGGUUGAUGGUUCUCCGGGUUCUACUUGGUUGCUUUGAGAGUGCCAUUGCACCAGCAUUGAUCCUCAUCACGUCGAUGUGGUACAAACGAGACGAACAACCCAAAAGAAUGGGAAUCUGGUACCUGGGCACCGGAACCGCCUCCAUAAUGGGCGCACUAGUAGCCUACGGCCUCCUCUUCUACACCUCAAACGCCUUCAAACCAUGGCAAAUUAUGUUCCUAAUCUUCGGCCUAAUAACCAUAGCCGUGGGAAUAAGCAUAACAAUCUUCCUCCCAGACAACCCAAUGACAUCGCGCCUAGGUCACAGCGAAAAACUCCUGGCAAUCGAACGGCUCCGUGAAAACCAAACCGGAAUCGAAAACAAACACUUCAAGCGCAGCCAGUUUGUUGAGAUCUUCGCUGAUCCGCAGACAUAUCUUAUUGCUAUUAUCGUCACUGCGAUGGACGUACCCAAUGCAGCGAUGAGUUCGUUUACUUCGCUUAUUAUCAAGAAUUUCGGAUAUACGACCAAACAGACGGAAUUGCUGAAUCUUCCUAACGGCGCCGUGAGCAUUGUGAGUAUUUUGGCUGUAUCCUGGGCGGCGGGUCGCUAUAACCAGCGCUGUUUGUGUGUUGUUGCUUCUCUUUCUGCUGGGUUGCUUGGAGGGUGUUUACUUGCUUUUGCGCCGCGGUCGAAUCAGUCUGCGCAGCUGGCUGGUAAUUAUUUGACGCAGUGUACUGGGUCUGCGUUGCCGAUUAUGUAUUCGCUUGCGGGGGCUAAUGUGGCCGGCCAUACGAAAAAGGUUUCUAUGAAUGCUGUUUUGUUAAUGGCGUUUUGUUUGGGGAAUAUUCUGGGGCCGCUUACUUUCCGCACUGAGGAUGAGCCGGAUUAUGUGCCGGCUAAGAUUGCUAUUGUUGCUACGCUUGCCGUUGCUAUUGUGUUCACUUUGGGGCUUCGGGGGUAUUAUGUUUGGGAGAAUUCUCGGAGGGAGAAGGCUGGCGAGGGAAGGGGUGAGGUUGAGUUUUGGGAUUUGACGGAUCGUGAGAAUACGGGGUUUAGGGUGAGUGUGUAUUGGAUUGGUUGGGUUCAGAUUAUGCUAACUGUUGUCUAG